AUGAGCACGCCCAAAAUCUCCAAUUUUCAGGAUGCCAAUUGGGCAAUGUUUGCACUUUUGAUGGAUAUUGUGACUGCGCUUGUCAUGAUGUCUGAUGUCAAGGAUGAGAUUGACGUUGAGUUUAGUGGUAUUGAUUUGCGGACUACGCGGCUCAUUUAUAUCUUCCAGGGAAUUGAAACAGGAAUGCUAGAAGUCAACGCCGCAAUUUUCUCGGAUAGCUUCGAGAAUCUUCACACGCACGAAAUUGACUGGGCACCGGACGUACUCACAUGCCAAAGCUUCACGAAGCCUUACUUCGAACUUUUCGACAGCUCGUUGCAUGGCGUACAGCGUACUUACCACACGGCGGAGGAAGUGACUUUUGUGCGGAUGGGAUUCAACCCCAACUGUGCGGCUAUGAGCGCGCUCUAUCACGCGGCCUGUAUACUGGCGUCCAUGGUGUUCCUUGGCAUUUAUCCCAAUUUUCUGGGUGUCGAGAGCCGUGUAUCUCAGCAUUCUGCAUCAGUGCUUUCCGCGGUCAGCUACAUCGAUGUGAAAACCGGGCAUACGGGAAGCGGUGCAUUGACUACUACUAUUUUACCACUCAGGGUGGUUAAUCGCUGGAGUACGGACCCAAUGUUGAGAAACGUCGUCCACAAAAUUCUACUAGCAUGGGGGGAUGAUAUUGGCUCCAGAAACAUGGAUGCUGUCUCCUUUGCCGCUCCAUUAUACAACAAUUUCAAAGCCGGCAUGAUGGAUCCCACUGUACAGAUCUACUAUGGUGAUAUUAUCACUCAUGUUUGCCCUUUUCAACUGGCUUCUAGACAAAACUUCAUUUAG